AUGUAUGCCAGUCGACCGUAUACGGGAGGCGUCAGUGUAUCUGGCCUCCCGCCUAUGUCGUCGCAGCGUGCUCCUUCCCUUCCUCCAAACUCGUUUAUCUGUGCCGGCCCUCCGCCCGAGGGCGCAACGCUUCUUGACCCUGUCCUCGAAGAACGUGUUGUGGAGGUGAUCAAGGAGCGCGUCGAGAACCGGUUUAUUGAGGUCCCCGAGGUGCACUACGUAGAGAAGGUCGUCGAAGUACCUCACCCAAUCAUUGAAGAGAAAGUCGUCCAUGUUGUAAAACCAGUCAAACAGGAAAGAUUCAAGUAUGUCAAGAAACCUGUGUACCUGGACAAGGUCGUCGAGGUCCCACAAAUUAAGUACGUCGACAGAUAUGUAGACGUGCCGCGAUACAACCACAGAGAGAAGAUCGUUGAGGUCCCGAAGGUGCUCGUCGUCGAGCGCAUCAUCCCCGUUCUGAAGACAGUGCGGCAGGAGACCGUCGUCUACGUGGACGAGGACGGCAGUCAAACGCGCGUUCCUUCGCAACCCUGUCAGUACGACGAGCGUUACCAAACUCACCUUUCGACUGCGACGUCUCUAACGCCCUUUUCUCAGACACCGAUGUAG